AUGGAGAUGCGGCUGUGGCUGCAUUACUGCAUUAGAAAUGACACAGUUCACUAUAUCUGUUGUAUAUGUUCUUCCAACAAUACUGGUCCAAGUGAAUCGCCAUUUAUGUCAAAGGGCUUCAAAAACUGGAAGAAAACAAGUGAUGAGCACCUUGACGCCCAUGCGCGCAGUGAAGUACACCAACUUUCAGAAGAAAAGAUGACUAACUUCCUAAAGACACGCCGCCCAGGCAGUGACAUCAGUGCAAGACUACAUAGACAGGCAGCCGAGCUACAGCGUUGGACAAUGAAGGGCGUCCUGUCUAUUAUUGAUGAAGUCAUUGCAUUGGGACAGCGGAGCAUUCCAUUAAGAGACAAUUGGGAUCCCUCUAAAAGAAAUGAAGAUAGGAAUUUCUCCUUCUUUGUUGACUAG